UGUUGUGUUUUUGUAAUUUUGAUAAGAUAUGAUGAACUAAAGAUGGCUUCUCUGUGUCGUAAACCUUAUUUACAGUCUGCUGCUCCCCACUCUCCAUCCGAUAAGAUUAAUUUCUUACUUUCUGGUCUUCUGCUCUCCACAUCUGUCACUUAAUAAUUUGAGGUUUAAGUGUCAUCCCUGAAACUUGUGCAGGGAUAUCGACAAGCAUUUGUCUCCACCUCACACCUUUUCUCCUGAGCAAUCUGAAACGAUGACCUUACAUACAACCUCAUCAUCUUUUUUUAUUUUUCAAUUUGAGCAAAGCUAUUGGCUCUUUGAUUAGUUCACAACUUCAGAGGCUGAUCUUAUUUCUAGGUUUAAUCUUGGACUCCCAUUUGAUGCAUGGAUGCAGCUGACUGUUGGUGAAUUGGUGUGAGUAAUGGAAGAGGAUUACUAUGAUGUUUUUUAUUGCACUAUUUGUACAUGCAGACCUGUGUAGUUAUUCUAUAUUGUCUACUUUGUUAAACUAUUGCAAAUGUCCCCCUAAAAUAUGUUGACUGUGACUUCCACUUUCAAAUCUAACUUUUUGAAAUAAUUAAAAAUAAAAUUUUUGAUUAUAUUCUAGUUUGACAUACACAUUUCUUCUGUGCAAAACUUAAUGUUAUUUGCAGUCCUAUAAACUUUGUAAGAGGUUUUUUUGUUUUGUUUUUCUAUUUUGUUUUCCUCUUGUCAACUUGUGUUUUCAAAGGUCAGAACCCUUCCAGCAAAUGUCUUUGCAGAAAGGUUGCCAUUUUGCAGGAAAACAGUCUCUUGCAAUUUCUGCGAGAGAUUUUAACCCUGCUUGUGCUUCAGACACUGUCCUGUGGACAAGCAAUGUCGGUUAUUUAUAUGACACAAGUACUGUAGAGGAUGCAGGUUCGUGGUUAAUAACAAUGGUGUGAAGUGAUGUAUGGUGAUGGCCAAUUAGAUUGGCUGGGGGUGGAUUUAUGACCGAGUCAGUCAUUCGUCUUUUCCUGUCUGCAUCUCUGUCUCUCGCUCACACGUCCUUUUUCUGUUGACCCUGGCAUUAAACUGUAAGGCCAACAAGUACUUUGUGCUUUCACUCUUAAUAUCUGCAGUUUGAAGUCUCUCUGCCUUGUUUGUUUGCUUUCACGGCAGGCGUCAACAGGCAUGUCAAUUUCUCUUUUGUUGUACAGUUGAUGAGGACUUGUAACUUCACUCUAACAUAUAUUUUUUAUUAUUGAGCAUUUAAUUUGAUUAAUAACUUCAUGGAAAAACAUGAUGGAAGCAGACAGAUGUUAUACCAUAAUACGAAAUAUAUUUGUCGACAGCGCACACACACACACACACACACACAAUUUCCUGCUCUUCAUUUUUAUGAGCCUGAUUAUUGUACCACUGUAAUGCACUUCACCUGAUAGGUAAACAUUUCAUUAUUAAUGAAUCGUCUUUAAGGUAAAAUAUUGUUGGUUUCAUUGGUUGGAACAUCCAAUCAAUUUUUUAUUUCUUUAUUGAGAGAUGUUUGAGGGGUUUCUGGUGUGUACUACCAGUUUCAAGUCACAACAUAUCAAACAGAUUAAGAUCUGGGCUUCGAGUCAUCCCAGGGCUUCCCACUUCUUAAUCUUCAGCUGGUGGAUUUUCCGGCAUUAGAUCACUAUCAUGUUCCAGGAUCCAGUUCUGUUCUGGGCAAAUCUUUUACAGAUGGUCUCAGAUAUUACUCAAGCACCUUCUGAUACAUUGUACAAUUCAUCAUGGAGUUUAUGAUGGUGAGCUGGCCUGGUCCCUCUGCAGCAAAGCAUCCCACAGUAAUACUUCCUUUUCUAUGCUUCAUAAUUCAGGUUCUUUUCCUGGUACAUUGUUUUCAGGCCCUCUAUUCUGAUGUCAUAAUAAUUACUUUUUUUUUAACUCAUCUGAGCAAAGACCAUUAUUCCAAUUGUCCUGAAAGCUUGUUUUUGUUUUCCCUGGUAGAUUUUAGUUUGGCCUUCAUGCUUUUCUUAUGAAACAUUUUCCCAUUUAACACUUUUCAUGAAAAUUCAACUUUUAGAGUUGAAUUCUUUGAGUUCCUUGUUGCUGAAAAUGUCCUGUUUAGCUUAAUAUCGAAUAUCUCAAUGACCAGAUAUGUCAAGAACACUGGAUUUAACAUUCCUUGUAGGUUAACCAGUGUGACUGAUGGUUGGUUUGUCUGUGACAUAAAUUCUCAUUUUAACUUUCUGACUUGCAGCAAAUGUUUUUUGUUGUUGUUUUGUAUUAUGGUAUUUCAUUUCAUAUAUGGAUCCAGUUUUUCUUCAACUUUGACACAGUUCUUUUUAAUUUACGCCAGUGAGACUCAGGGUUCAAUUGCUUUAUUCUGUGUUUCUGUAAGUUAUUAAAAUUUGAUGUCAUCUAUGAUAUAUGUGUCCAGAAUGAAAUUGCCACAAUACACAGAGAACUGCCCUUUAUAUCCUGUUGCCCUGUCAGCACUCGGCUGUACAUGGCUGGCAGCCAGCUUGAGACAGCCCCUUGUGCCUGUGGGCUUAUCUUCCCUGGGACAUUAUUUAUUCUAUUCUAGUGUUGGCUUUAUUAAAUGCCCACAUUAUUACCGGUGGACCGCAGACUGAUUGCUGAGAGCAAGCAACUAGAUAAGGGAAGAGAGGCAGAGUUAGUGCAGAGUGUGUGUGAGAGAAAGAGUGUGUGGGCGUUUGUUAGAGUGAAUGUCUGCGCAGUGGAUUGGGGUCAUGUUGCUCCAGAGAGUCAAAUUUAUUAGUGGGAACCUUCAGAAAAUUACACUGGGAUGCAUGUGUGACUACAUGCAUUCACUUGCAUGAUGCAUCAUGUCUAUUUCUGUAUCUCUCUGUUGGUCCCUCAGGGCCACUUAAUUAACAGACAUGCUGUGCCAGUCGAGGUCAAGGUCAUGGUGGUUAUUAGUGCCAGACAAGAGCAUCUUUCUGUCUUCUGAUAGGGGCCAAAAAGCCACUGCCAUCUCUAUUAGCUGUCCCUGGAGGGACAUUUUAUAUGUAUUCAACCCUGGAAGCAUGUUCCCCAUCUUAUCCUGACUGUAGUUUCAUAACUGUCACUCUUAAAUCGAUGCUUUUUAUUAAGUGUAGUCUCUUCGUUGCUGUUUAAGAUAUUCGUAUAUCAAUAGUGGACAAGAAAAAGAUGUCCCAGAGUAGGUGUAAGUAGAUGUUGGACAAUGUAUGGAUUACCAAGAACAAAGGAUGCUCAGCUUUAAUACCAUUUAAGAGCCCUUCAGACCCCAUUUCCACUGGAAGGGAUAUGAUAUUUUUAUGGACUUAAAACAAUAAAAAAAAAAGAGAGAGAUAGACCGAUAAAUAGAAGGUAGAGAGGUGGAAAGCUUCAGGCUACUUCUUGUUGCCCAAAAGGUUCCAUUUAAUUAAUUUCUCCAGUCUGUUAGACGGUCCUUUCAGAUCAUCAAACAUUUGCUUAACAUUUGUGAUCUGAAAACAAAAAUAAACGCUUAAAAAAAAUAAUAAAGACAAACACAAAACAUGUCUUUGAUGGAAAAUACAUUUUCACGAACUAUCAAAAUUGAUCAAGCCGUCGCUGCGUACUUCAGACCGCGAGCUCAGUGCACGCGGCACUUGGCGAUACUUGACAGCCAGCGCGCGCUUUCUCGCUUGCUCUCUUCUUCGCGCAGCUCCAACUCCAGCUGUUUGUCUAUCUACCUUCAGUCCGAGUGCGAGCGAUGUUCCCACCCCGGAAAAAACACGGGGCGAUAAACGAGGAGGGACGCUGAAGGAGAGGAGGACGGACAGGGGAUGAGAAGACCAGCCAAAGAGGAGAGCCGCUGUCGCAGAGGAACAGGAGGAGGAGGAGAGAGGGAAGCAGACACAUCUGCGGUGACUUGGGGGAUUCGGCUUAGUGAGAGGGGGGAUACGCAACAUUCUUAUGAUGCCAGCAUUUCUAGCCCGGGUAAGCGGAAUAAAUAAUGUGCCGUGGGACUGCCAUAUUGUCAAUUUCUUUGCACCUUAGUUAUUUUUUAAAAAGCGCCUGCUUUAUAAAUAGACGCUUAAAAACCGGAUGCUAGGAAGAUUUUUGUAAUUCUCUGUAGCUAUCCACCAUAGAGAGCUUUUAUCACAUUUGGGAGCAAAGUGGAUUGACUGAAGGGGGAGAGGAGGACUGUUUUUAAAAGGAGAUACCGCCACCUUCUCCUCCUUACAUAAAUGUUUGCGUGCCAUUAGAGCGCUCCUGCUUUUCUCCACAACAGACGCGCAUUUCACGCACACUGAAAAGACGUGGACAUUGUCAGUCACACAUGCGGUCCUAAUAACACGGACGGACCUCACCCCCUCUCACCUACCCAGCCCCUCUCCUCACCCCACUGUCUGAUGACUCCCCCGCGCACAGGUGGACGUGGUACGGAGCCUACUGUAGCAUCAUCUUCUUCAACACCACCAUCAUCACCAACACCACCAUCCUCCUCCUCCUCAACACCACCAUGUCCUCGUCGUCGCGCAAGAUUUCAUCCGAGUCAUUUAGCAGCUCAGUGGGCUCGGACUGCGGGCUUGAAAGCCCCGGAGGAGACGGAGGGGAUGGCGCUUUGGAGCCGGCCGACGAGAGCCGGGGUUGCCCGUUUUCCUCCUUCCCAUCGUCCCACAGAGCGCUGCUCUGGAACGGCCGCAGCCCCGCUGAGAGGUCGGCGUGCCCGGCGGGCGAGGAGCAGCAGGGACCCUGUGUACCCCACAAGAGGGCUACCAGGCGGCGGAGGGUGAACCUGGACUCGCUGGGGGAGAGCCUGAAACGACUCACUUCACCGACGACACAGACUGUUCAAGAGGCUCUUCAACGAACUCUGCAGUUCUACAGACAACAAGAAAUGAGGUGCCAGGAUGUUGGGGGUAGUGAAAGGCAGCGUGAAAAGAAAGAGGAGAAGUGCCCAUUUCUUGAAAACUCUGGCUCAGAGGAAGAUGUCCUACAGAUUCUGCAGUACAUGGCCACAAUAUUGGGAGUUCCGUUCUGCGAACUGCGAGAGCAUUUUGGCGAAGAGUUCUUUGGCCUUUGCUUCGAAGAGAAUGAGCGAGUACUGCGGGCUGUAGGCGGCAACCUUCAGGAUUUCUUCAAUGGUUUUGACGCCAUUUUAGAACACAUUCGCACCUCCACGGGGCGCCGAGCCUCCUCCGAGAGCCCUUCCUUUCAGUGCAAGGAUCCCCGCGAAGAGGAGAAAGGUAGAGGGAAAUUGGAGAAACUUGGAAACCGUGGCAGCAGAGACGGAAGAGGGAAAGUGUUGUUUCUUCAUUGCUUUAACCCUGCACCUGUUGUGGGAUUAGUUAUGCCAGGUUUGAUUAGAGCUGUCGCCAGGCGGAUCUUUCAUUCAGAGGUUGAAGUGGAAGAGGUGCCACCUCUAACUCCUCUAUUGCCAAAUGAAGAACAUACAGAUUGUGAUUCUACAACACCCACUCCCACUGCGUCCCCCACUGCCUCGCCCUCCUCAUCUCCGUCCCCUCCGUCUCUUUUUCCAACCUCCGUCCCCACAGUUUGUCUAUCCUUCUUACUCCAAGAGACUUGCCCUUCUCCUCUCUCUUCCAUCCCAAAUUCAGCAUCUGUGAGCACUAACCGUCCCCCACUCCAGCUAUCAACUAACCCCAGUGAUCUUCGCAUCUCCCUGGCUACGUUUUGCCGUGCCUUCCCGUUUCACCUGGUCCUGGGGCAUCGGAUGGAACUCCUGCAGCUUGGAGAAGGACUUAGGAAACAGGCUCGUAUUGAGCCUCACCGGAUCCUUUCAUUUAGGGACUGUUUUGAGAUUGUCUCACCCAAGAUGGAUCCCUCUUUCCAGGGCAUACUGCUGAGACUCGCAUCCCCAUUUACUAUCCGCACUAAGCCCGACCCCAUGCAGGCUGGCACCAAGGAGAAGGUUAUGGAGUUGAAAGGUCAGAUGAUCCAUGUCCCUGAGUCCUGCUCCUUGAUGUUUCUGGGCUCGCCGCGUGUUGAUAAGCUAGAGGAGCUGAUGGGCAGAGGUCUCCAUCUGUCAGACAUCCCCAUCCAUGAUGCCACACGAGACGUUAUCCUGGUAGGGGAGCAAGCCAAGGCCCAGGAUGGCCUAAAAAAGAGAAUGGACAAACUAAAGGCCACCUUAGAGAGGACACACCAGGCUCUGGAGGAAGAAAAACGAAGGACCGUGGAUCUCCUGUAUUCCAUAUUUCCGGGUGAUGUGGCGCAGAAGCUGUGGCAGGGCCACCAUGUGCCAGCGCGUAAAUUCGAUGAUGUCACCAUGCUGUUCUCGGACAUCGUGGGUUUUACAGCCGUGUGUGCCCACUGCACACCUAUGCAGGUUAUCUCAAUGUUGAACGAGCUUUACACUCGCUUCGACUACCAGUGUGGCAUUCUGGAUGUUUACAAGAUUGAGACAAUAGGUGAUGCCUACUGUGUGGCCGGUGGACUUCAUAAGAAGGUUGAAAGCCAUGCAAAACCAAUUGCACUCAUGGCUCUAAAAAUGAUAGAGCUUUCUGAGGAAGUACUAACGCCUGAUGGGAAGCCUAUCAAGUUAAGAAUAGGUAUCCACACAGGUUCGGUUCUGGCAGGCGUGGUUGGGGUUAAAAUGCCGCGAUAUUGCCUGUUUGGGAACAACGUCACUCUAGCCAGCAAGUUUGAAUCAGGAAGCCAUCCAAGGUGCAUCAAUGUUAGUCCAACAACCUACCAGUUGUUGAAAGAUGACCGCUCCUUUUCGUUCAUCCCCCGUUCUCGGCUGGAGCUCCCAGAGAAUUUUCCCAAAGAGAUCCCAGGGACGUGUUACUUCCUGGAGGCAGGGACUUCGCACAGCCACGCCUCACUUACCAGCUCCCGCUCGGCUCCUCCGGCCUCUAUGAGGAAGGUUUCCUACAGCAUUGGGACAAUGUUUCUAAGAGAAACCAGUUUGUAGAAUCAUACACAGAUGUUUAAAAUGUAAGCAACUGGAUUUGAAUGACAUGAACAUACAGGAAACCAGUCAUGCAGAUUUGUGGUUAUGCAAAUGCACUAUGUAAAAAGUGGAAUUUACAGCUGAUUGAUGAAAUAUGCUUUCAUCAUAGAUGAAAGAGAACAACUGUCCCCAUCUCUUCCCUGAGCAGUGGAGAUAUUCUUCAAAUGACUUAAGGGACAGCAGCUGCAGUAGUCCUUUAUCUAUCCUCCAAGAGGUGGACUGAUAUAAGCAAAUUGUGGAAAAACCUUUGGACAAAAACUCUGUUCUAGCUGGAUGUCUCGGCUGCAGAACUGGUGUCUGGCUCUUUGCAGCGGUUCACAUUCAGACAACACCCAGACCCUUGUCCGCAUUAAACAGAACUGAGUUAAAACUCACAGCGAUCACACUCAUGACCACUGUUGCCCUCAUUAGCCAUUUGCAAACAGAACAAAACCCCUUUUCAUUUAUAAGGUGGGUGCUGAAGAAUGAAUUUUGUAUGACUUACUGUCCAUCAUGCCCUCAUGUGCGACAAAGACCUGUAAUGGAAAACGAUACAACUCUCCGUUUCCUUCAUGUUCAUCUGUCUGUAAGUCAUGUUAUGCUUUACUAAACGUAAGAGCUGCUCCUCCAAACUGUUGACAGGCGGCCAGCUGGCUGGGAUUUGUCAAGGAAACAACAAGAGGAUUUGCUUUGAAAAGGUAAACGUUGGAAGACGAAUGCAAACUAGAGUCAUACUAAUCCAAACUUAUAGCCCUGAUUGUUUUGGAUCCUCAGCAAACUAUAGCAGACAAUGUUGUAAUAAUGGAGAUAAACAGAAUGCUAAUAACACAGAAAUGUAGAUGUCUCACAGCAACUACUCUUUGAUUUUGUUUUUUUUUUUAUUCCUGUGAUUAUUUGUUUUUAGUGUAUUACAUGCUUUAGCCUCAUUUUAAUAAGAUGAGCUGUUGUCAGCAUUUACCAGCUUGUGCUUACUUGCAUUCAACUAAUCAGCAUUUUUAGCUACAUGUAGCAUUGUCUGAAAAGCUUUGCUUUUAGGAUGGACCUUCCCAGAUUGGUCUGCAUCUUGUUUAGGUGACAUCAAUGCUAACAGGUAUUUGUGUGCAGGUAUGUCCCUUUUCAUGUCUGCAGGAAUAACAUUGUUGUGUGUUUUAGUUUGUAGAGCUGACAGGAGGAAUCAGACACAGUUCACAGUUCCUCAGUCCAGAUAUGAAAGAAUGUUGAAUCAAAGGUUUUACUGAACAUACAGCCAACUUAAAGAUGUAUUUUUUUUUCUAACUGCAGUGUUUAUAAAAACUAAUGAAAACAAUCCUGCAUUUGUUUUACCCUGUGAAAAUUUAACCAAGAUACAAAAGCCCAAAAUGAUUCAUGCCCCUCACAGAUUUAGACUUUUAAUUUUCAUGACCUCCUAGUCUUUCAAGUUGAAAGGUCACCUUGCCAUCGUUCUAGUCAUUCGCUCAUUAGCUCCCUUCAAUGAUUUAUUUUUUUUUCAUUAGAUUCAACUCUGGACAAUAGCAGGACCACACCAAAAUGUUAACACUACUGUGAGUAAAAGAAGUUGCUGGUAAUUCAAAGAUUACUUUGCACUUAAAUCUGCGGAGCUAUGAAUGCAUUUUGGGAAUAACUGUAAAUAAAAUUCAAGUUGACUUGUUUGCUGGCAAACUGAGUUCAACUUGCUGAGUGAAUAACCCGGGCUGUGCUAGACAAAUCCAAACAUAAUUAUUAAAAAUUGGUCAUCAUAAAGUGGAAAUAUUGUUUUUUGAUAGUUUGGCUUUAGAGUAUUUUACUGGAGACUUUACAGAUUUGUGUUGUGUUCUAAAUUAACAUUUAUUUAAUUGCUAUUUUUCACGACCUGUGAAAUUCAGCCCAGAUAUUACAAAUUGAAAAGUUGGUUGAAGAGGAAGACCUUUUCAUCGUAAUAAGACUUACUUAAACAUUCCCAUCACAGCUGUUUUUAACACACUACUUGCUCAUAACAAGUUCAGAAAUGACAGUGGUUACAUAGGUUUAAAUAAGGCAUUCCUCUGUGCUUGCUUACGUCGUAGUUUAAAAUAAACUGAGUUUUUUUCUCUGAAAGUCAUUUCUAUAACCAUAUUUCUUCAUACAUGCUUUGAAAGAAAAAUAAACUUGCAAAAUUAUGUAGCAGGACUUAAAAUAACAAACUAAAUGUGCCAGUUUGUUUCAAAGACGCCACCAGCACAGGUUAGACAUGAUUUCUAAGUAACAGUGUGGUUUCUGUGUGUCAUUCUGGAAGAUCGUUAGCUAAUUGUAGGAGCCUGAAACACAUGCCAUAUGAAAAAUCACUUACUGUAUGUUGGAUGCAAAAAAAUACCAAUGUUAAUAUGCUCCUUUUUCACAAGUAAUGUAAAGGAAAGUGACACCAGCUUAAAAAUGCAAUACUUUUUAUUGGAAGAGAAGAAAUGAUGAAUAACAAAACUGUCUGCUUUUAACAUACCUGAGCGGUGAAUUAUGUCAUUGUCAGUGAUACAUACAUAACGUAAUAAAUACAUAGAUGAAUACAGAUUUAUUAAAGAGAUGGUAAAAAAAAUUAUACUAUUAAUAAAACUAAACAGA